CCGCGACACCCUCGCCACCCGAGCCGAGCCGCGCCGACCACCACAUCGCGACGCGCAUCAUCACCCCUGUGACUGUUUACUGUGAUCAUCAAGCGAGACCUAGCCCUAGGAACCACCCAGUGCCACGAUAUCUUUCAAAUCAGUUUUUGGUGAAAACAAACACAUCACACAGCAUAGCGCAAGCGCGCCGCAAGCGGACAUGAUGAGAGCGGCCAUCUUGGCCGAGGACGCACUUUCGCCUCGCCCCAGCUUCAAAGCUCGUUUUGAAAGCUCUAUAUAAGCCGUAAGGGUCGAGCAAUGCGUCGUGAUAUGAGCACCGCGGCGUGCGCCCUCUGAGGCCGCCCCGCGCCGCUAUCGAUCCGGUAGCGUCAUGGCGCCCGCGGAGUGAAUGCGGACAUCGGGACAGCGCCGCAGCCCCGGUACGCGAGCGGAGCGCCCGCCCAGUGAUAGUGCUAGAGUGGUCGCGCGGCAUGUGAGACAGAGUGUCGGCGUGGUUGGGAGGGCGCGCGGGAGGCGGCGGGCCCGGCUGACCGCGCGCCAUGGGCGAGGAGUACGCGCGCUCACCCUGCGAGCGCUUCCCCGCAACGGGCGCGUUCAGCGUGGCGCCUCCGGAGCGGCUGAGCCCGCCGCCACCCGCGCCGCUGCCGGACCGCUUCUCGGCGUCCCCGCGGCGGGUGCGCCGCUGUGCGGAGGCCGAGCGCGCGCGGCGCCCGCGCUACGUGCCGCCCGCAGCGCACGUGCCCGUGGAGCGCUAUGUGCCGCGGCCGCCGGCCCCGCUGCGCCCGCCGCCCCCGGUGUACUGCGGGCUGGCGUGCAGGCCGCCGCCGCCCGCACCUCGCAAGUGCUGCGGGCCCGCAUGCCGCGAGGACAUCGCGGGCUCGCCGCCACCGUCCCGCUACGUGGAGUACGUGGGCGCGGCGGCCGCGCGCCGCCUGGCCUGCACACCGCCGCCGCCGCCGCCGCCCGCGCUGCAGCUGCCCUGCGAGCCGCAGGAGCCUCCCUGCUGCGUGCAGGCUCGCAGGCGACCGCAACCACCACAUGAUUGGUAAGUACUAGAGAACCCAAGAACCCAUAACAUGGAAACAUGACGUGUCAGACUCUAACAAACACCCUGUGUGACUAUGUUUAUCCUCUAUCAAUUCAAUGACUGAAACCAAAUAACCACUUAUCUAUGUGGUUCGAAUACAAAAACAAGCUGAAAUGUGCCACCCCUACAUGUAGACCCACCUCUAACAUUCCGAGCCUAUUUCUCUCCGUCCAACUGCGUAAAAAUGUCGAUGUGAGUGGUGUAGCAUAAAAGCGUUUUUAAUAAUUCGCCGAUGAUAGCGAAAGCCGAACCAUUAUAAUUGGUUAAUAUUUUGUGGACCGAUAACGUG